GUGCGGGCUAUGGAACAGCGGCUGAGUGAAUGGCCCAAACCACCACAGUCAGCCACCAACUCGCCCAUCCAUCAAAGCCAACAACAGCAACUGCAACAGCAGCAACAACAAUCAGCGCUCGCCGCACAACAAACAGCUAGUCUUCCUACCCACGAAGCUGAGAAAACUAUAACCUCAUUGGAAAUACAAGUCGAGGAGCAGCGUCAAUUACGUCUACACGACGCGCGUCAAGUCGAAGCGAAGGCGGCCAAAAUCAAGGAGUGGGUCACCAAUAAACUACGUGAACUCGAGGAACAAAAUCAGCUGCUACGCGAACAGAAUGUCAAGUGUAAUCAACAGUUGGAAUUGCUAAAGAAUCACAUCGCCAAUCAAUCGAAUCGGCACAGCAUCAUCGGCCCACAUCCGGUGCGCAAUAGCCUAAGCUUGGAUGUGCAAGAGUUCGCCGAUACCGCAGAGGGACGACGGCGCAGCGAAAGCUUAGAUCCACAAGAGAUAAUCAAUCGGCCGUUAACCGCUUCCUAUCCACAUCAUCAGCAUCGACGCAAUCUCAGCAUGGAGCCGCAAGAGCUCGAGCGUAAUUUGGUCGCCGCUGUGGAUGGUUUAACACUCACGCCACUAGCGAGCAUCACCAAAUCAGCUACAACGCGGCCCGAUAGUUCCGACACCGACACUGCGCACGAUUAUGCGGAAAUCUAUACACCCUCAUGUGAGAAAUUGCCCGCCUGGAUGAAGAACAAUCCAGCAUUGAUGGCGAGCGGCGGCAAUUCGAGCACCACAACCACAACUAGCGGUGAUUUGGGCGUACCGCGUCCACCCACGCCACCACUGCAUCGCUUCCCCAGCUGGGAGGCGAAAAUCUAUCAAGUGGCCAACGAUGGGCUGACGGGUGUGAGUGAGGAGAGCUUAGCGCAGCACCAGCACCACCACCAUCAACAGCAGGACGCACACCACACGCAGACACAGCCACAGCCGCCACCCGAUAUACAAGAGUCCACAAGCGGCGCAGCGUCGGCAGGCAGCAAUAGCGCGUGUAAUACGCUAGCGAACGGUGGCGGACAUGGGCGUGCUACGCCAGCGAACAAUGGCACUUUGGGUAGCGCGCGCAGCGGUGACGGUGGUGGUGGUAGUGGCGCCCCCGGCACGCCGCAGCUGCCGACGCGUCAGCAGCAGACCGCAAGCGGAGGUUUCUGUGAUAUAUCGGUGCCCGUUUAUGCCACCGUCAAAGGGCGUGCUUCGCAAAUACGUUCCAUGCCCUUUACGGGCGACUCCAGCGAUGAUUCGAGCGAUGGCGAGGAUCAUGCCGUUAUGCUAACGCACAAUUCACACAACUCAUCGAGCACUGACAAUACGGAAACAUCGACCUCGGGUAGUGCUUCGAGUCCUUCGAAGAGUUUGAAGACGUCGUCGAGCUUAAGUCCGGCCAAGCGUAGUGGUUCAGAGAGUCCUAAGAAUACGAAAGCGCGUGCUCACCAACUGCACCUAUCCACUGCACAACUCACCAACACAAACACCUACACCAAUAACAAACACAACAAUCAUUACAACACAAUGCACUCAUACAACCAAACGAAUCAUACACAUCACUUGGGUCCCUAUACCAAUACACAAACCCUACCCUUACAAACUCAGAACAACAACACCGCUAAAUCCACCAACUUCAGCACCAACAACCACUCACACACGUUUACCAACAAUCAUCUACGUCUCCCCCACAUGCGUGGAACAGUAAUUUCAGAUAUUUCCUUUGAAUCAGGCCUAUCGGAUGACUAUGCUCUGCCACCGGAUGCGGUGUCCGAGUCCACGUGCAUGGAUGCUUCUAUGCCGUCGCUUUUGAUGCGACAAUCCUAUGUGGAUUCGCCGAGCAAGAAGAUCGAGUCGCUGGAAAAGAUGGGUCACCUCGCCAAACUCGGUGGCAAAUUGAAGACUUGGCGCAAGCGUUGGUUCGUGCUUAAGAAUGGCACACUCACCUAUUGGAAGAGUCAACAUGAUGUGAAUCGCAAGCCGCAGGGUCAGAUAAUGCUAGACGAAGCGUGUCGCAUAAAUCGCGCUGAAGGUGCUUCCACUUUUGAGAUUGAUACGGGUAAGAAGGUCUACUACCUCACCGCCGACUCGAAUGCCACGAUGGACGAUUGGAUACGCGUACUGCAGAAUGUGCAGCGGCGCAAUGCAACCAAACUGCUGCUGAGUCGUGACGAUCAGAAACCCACCGUACAGGGUUGGGUCACUAAGGUGAAGAAUGGGCAUGCGAAGAAGUGUUGGUGUGUGUUGUUGGGUAAAAUGUUCCUCUACUUCAAGGCGCCGGGCGAAACGAAUCCGCUCGGUCAAAUUAAUAUGCGUGAUGCGCGCGUCGAAGAGGUCGAACAUGUUUCCGAUUCCGAUUCGGAGGAACGUGAAGAUCCUACACAAAGCCAAGCACGUCUUACCGUCGCCAUUUAUCCUGCACAUCAAGGGCCUACAUACCUUAUAUUACCCGGCAAACAGGAACGUGAUAAUUGGUUAUACCAUUUGACUGUGGUGUCGGCUGGUGGACCGAAUGCGGGCACACAAUACGAGCAACUCGUACAGAAACUUAUGGAGACUGAUGGAGAUCCCAAUUGUGUUCUAUGGCGCCAUCCAAUAUUAUUGCAUACCAAAGACGCCAUCACAUCACCGCUUACCUCGCUACACUCGGAAGCCAUGCAACCAGAAGCUAUUAAAUUAUUUAAG